AUGCACAUCAAGAGCACAUUGCAGCUCAGCCUCCUCGGAGGCGCCACCUUCGCCCUCGCCCACCCAGGGCACAUCGAGAAGCGCGACCCAGCGUCCGUCCAACAAUACAAGAGAGAUCUCGGCCACGGACUAGCCAAAUGCGCAGACCACCUCAAAGCCACCGGUCUCCAGGCGCGUUCCGAGUCACGCCGGAAAGCAACGAUUGAGCUCCACCGUCGCCAACUCAACACCCGCGACACGGCCGCCGUGCUCAACACCUCCCACCACGCCGUCGAAACCCUCUCCCCCUGGAUGCCAGCCGACGAGAUCUUCCAGGAUACCAGCAAGAAAGCCUGCCUCCUGGGUCCAACCGCCGAAGGCGAAACCGGGCCGUAUUGGAUUCCCGGCGAACGCGUGCGCUCUCACACCCGCGAGGGGCAGGUAGGCGUCCCCGUGAUCCUGGAGCAGCAGUACAUCGACGUGGACACUUGCAAGCCAGUCCCGCGCCUCUACGCCGAGCUGUGGGGGUGUAAUGCAACGGGCGUGUACUCGGGCCUCGUUGCGGACGGGAACGACGAGGACGGGGUUGUGAUUUUUGAUACGCUCUUCCCGGGCCACUAUGACGGGCGCACAACGCACUACCACAACAUCGCGCAUAUUGGGGCGAGGCGGUUGCCGAAUAACACUGUCACUGGUGGGACGGUGGGCCACGUCGCGCAGAUCUUCUGGGAUCAAGAUCUGAUUGACCGGGUUGAAGCAACUUAUCCGUACAACACGAAUGGUAUCCCUAUCACGCCUAACGCUGUGGACCGCGUUGUCGCCCAGGAGACUGAGUAUAGCGAGUCAGAUCCCAUGCUGAACUAUGCGUUGCUGGGGGACAGUAUUGAAGAUGGCGUCUUUGCUUGGAUUACAGUUGCUGUUAACCUCUCUGCCGUACACUAUCCCUACUACACCAAUGUCUUUACUGCUGAGGGCGGGAUGGAAGUGGAAGGCACCUCAGAUGGAAAUCCUCGGGUGGUUGAUGGCGGGAUUCCUCAGACAUCAGGGAUCUGA